AUGGCAUCGAAAGCUAAAAGCGCAUCGGGAAGCGCGAAGGGGAAAAUAGCAUCAAAAGCUAAGAGCGCAGCGGGAGCUCCUGCGGAGAAAAUCACAGCGAAGGCGAAGAGUGCAGCGAAACUAACGGUAGAGAGGGUUACGUCGAGGGUUAAGCAUGCACCGGGGGGAGCGUCUAGAGUGCCGGUGCCGGUGAAUCGGGGAGCGAAGGCAACGGUUCAGACGGUGAAGAAACGGACAAAGGGAGAGGCGUAUACGAGAGAGGGGAUGAGGAAUUUGUGA